CCUAUUCGAAUUGUUCCGUUCCACCUUAAAUGGUGCCGUAGUUAUUAUUGUACGGCCUGAGGCGCUAGAGUGGUACUACUGCAGCAUUUAAGGUGGAACGGGAUAAUUCGAGUAAGAAGCUGGGAACAGUUCAGCCUCGUCUUUCGAACCGGCGUUUAUUGAAUUAGACACACAGACAGACCCAGAUGAGCUCUCAGAAAGGCGGCGGUUCUCGUUCUCGGACCCAAAAGCACCAGAACACGACCGCCUUUAAAAACGACAAAUACGGAGCGAGUCCGCAGGUGAAGAAAGCAAACGCGAAGGUCCACGAAGGUCUGUGUCAGCGGUGUAAAGACAUACUGGAGUGGAAAGUGAAGUACAACAAAUACAAAUUCCUCACUCAGCCGCGAAAAUGUGUCAAAUGCCUGCAGAAAACAGUGAAAGAUGCCUAUCACAUCAUGUGUAAGCCGUGUGCCCUCAGACUGGAACUGUGUGCCAAAUGUGGCAAGAAUGAAGAAAUUGUCCUUCCGAUGAACAGGAAGGAGGAGGAGGAGGAAGAGGUGGAAGAGGAAGCAGACCAGCAAAGGCAAAGCAACAGGCGGAAGAAACGGGACCCUCACAGGACAGAUGAGGACGAUGAUGAUUUUGACGAUGAAGAGGAGGAUGAUUUUGGUGAACUGGACAGUGAUUGCAAUGAAUGUGAUACAGAGACUACAGGAAAAUAAAGCAAUGUCCAUUGUGUCUGUUAUUAUUGAGAGGCUGAAUUCAGUUUCAUUACUUCAAAUGGACCACAACGAAGGCUGCUGUUUUUCAGCUGCACACAAAAUUCCAAUGGGAAUUUGGAGGCUUCUGAACAAAAUUACUUCUGAAGACAUUUUGCAGUCAAAGGAUUUUCACUAUAUAUAUGUUUAAUGUAAGCUCACAGGACAAAACAAUUAGUCACAUACAUUUCUUUUCCAGUAGUUAGUUAUGUGCCACUCUGUGUUAAUAACACUCCUGUUGGACCUCGUCUCUUGAGACAGUUCCUGUCCAAUGUAGUCCAGUCUUCUCUGACAUUGUUUGAAAAAAGCUACAUGUUCGGUUGUUGCUUGGAAAUAUUAAAGAAUAAACAGACAAUGGUUAUGCGUGAA